AUGUCUUUACCUACCUUUGACCAAUUGCCUAUCAACCCUGAAUAUCCUCCUCAAACUGCUUGGGGAGUAUGGGGCAAAGAAGAUAAUCUCGGGACACUCAAUUUAUUAAAUGAAGAGAGAGUAGCCAAUGCAGCCAAAUGUAUUAAGCGAGGUGCUGUAUUCUCCCUUAACUGGAAAUUAGAAUCUCCCAACCCAGCACUUUUUGGAAGAUCCCACGUUGAGCAUACUUAUAAUGCAAUUAUCCCUAAUAAUUUAGGUUUUGAUGAUUGUUACCAUAACUUUAAUACUCAAUCUUCAACACAAUGGGACGGCCUUCGUCAUUUCGCUCACCUUGGUUCCGGCCAAUUUUAUAACGGUGUCAAGUCUUCGGAAAUUGUCAAGGGCAAUGAUGAAACCAAUAAUCGUUUGGGUAUCCAUCAUAUGGCACGUCGUGGUAUUGCUGGUCGGGCUGUCUUAUUGGAUUACGCUCGUUGGGCUCGUCAACAUGUUUCUGACUUUGACCCCUUUGUGCGAUCUGAAAUUACUGUCCAAGUCUUGGACCAAAUCGCAGAGGCACAAGGCGUGGUGUUCCAAGAUGGUGAUAUCUUAUUAAUCCAUACGGGAUGGUUAGAGACCUACGAACGUCAUGGCGAUAAAGUAAAAGAUCUCAUCAAGGACCUUGAAAAUCCAUCUUGUGUUGGUGUCAAGGCAUGUGAAGAUACAUUUAGAUGGUUUUGGGAUCAUCAUUUCGCUGCUGUUGCCUCUGAUAACUUUUCUUUCGAAGCAUGUCCUUUGUUGGAUUAUGUGAAAUCUUGCCGUAAGAACUUUUCUCUUUUUUGGUUUUUUUUUUAUACGUGCUAA